AAAAAAAAAAUUGGUGGUGGCAGAAAGAAAACAAAAAAAAGAAGGCAGUUGCUUUUGGGAAGGCCAUGGCGGCGUGGCAGAGCUGUAAUUCUGCGUCUUUAAUGCAAAAUUGAAGAAGCCGAUUUAUCAUCAAUCGCUUAUAGCCUCCCUCCUCUCUUCAAAAAAUCACAAACCCCUCUUUCUUCCCUUUCUCUCUCUCAUAAAACCAUACCCUCGUUUUAAUUAUAAUCAAAAUUAAAAUCAAAAUCAAAAUCCUCUCUCUAAAGAGCUUAAAUUGUGAUGUUAUGCCUUGUUGUUUAAUUUCUCCACAUGCAAAAACUCGGCAGCGGUACGAUUGUGUCUGAUUCGGCCAGAAAUCAGAAGCUGUCUGCCUCAAAACCCACAUUUCUACACUCCCAAAAACAGCAACAAUUAAAGCGUGCUGCUUCCUUAUCAAGGCUAUGGAAUUAACCACCACCGCAGAAGCAACAUCGACAACAACAUGGCCGGCUUUUUCUCACUAGGCGCCACCACCACCACCCGCCCCGAUCAACAGACCACCACCACCAACAACAGCAAUAAUCCAGACAACUGGUUCUUAUUCCGAAAUGAAGAGGUCCCUUCUUACAAGGGUUUCGAGCUCUGGCAGCCCCAGAGCUCGAACCCCCCGCAGAAUUUCCUGCAGCGGGAGGCUGUGAGUAACCACCACCACCACCCGCUGCAGGAUCUGUACGCUUCUGCGGGGGGGCUGGCGGUGGGGCCCAGCCAGCAGUCCCCGAGAUCGGGGUUUCUGAUGAUGCGGAGCGGCGGGGGAGGCGGGAUCAGCUGCCAGGACUGCGGGAACCAGGCGAAGAAGGACUGCUCGCACAUGAGAUGUCGGACCUGCUGCAAGAGCCGAGGGUUUCAGUGCCAGACUCAUGUCAAAAGCACCUGGGUUCCCGCAGCCAAGCGGAGAGAGCGACAGCUACAACACCAACAGCAGAGCGGUGAUAGAGAGAGCUCCAAGCGACACAGAGAGUCGUCUCCCAGUCCACUAGUGUGCACUCGCAUCCCCUCUACCACCACCACCACCACUGGGUUGGAAUUGGGGAAUUUCCCAUCGGAAGUGAGCGCGGAGGCGGUGUUCCGGUGCGUGAGAGUGAGCGCAAUGGACGACGCGGAGGAGCAAUUCGCCUACCAAACCGCCGUCAACAUCUCCGGCCACGUCUUCAAGGGAAUCCUCUACGAUCAAGGCGGAGAAAGCCAGUACAUCGCCGGAGAGACCUCCUCCGACGCUUCCGCCGCUCAUUUGAUCACCGCCACCGCCACGUCAGCCCCAAUCACCACCACCGCAGCUCCAUUCCUCGAUCCUUCUUUAUUUCCGCCGCCAGUUAACAACAGCUUCAUCGCCGGUACGCAAUUCUUCCCACGACCCCCGAGAUCUUGAGAAAUUGAAAUUUCCACCACAUUUAAUCCUCUCUCUCUCUCAUAGUGUGUUUGUUGAAAGGGGAAAUUAUUGUACUAGAGAGACAAAAAGAAGCAGGAAACGAGGGGAUUGUGUUUGAUUUUUAGUUCACAUUUCGAUGCACAUCUUCAAAUUCUAUCUUCCUUCUUCUUCCAUUUCAAUUUACCAUAAAAAAAUGUUCCUAUUUUUCGCUCUAAAACAAGGGCUUCUUGUUGUUUCCUUUUCUGUUUAUUUCUAUAAUAUUAUUUUCCUCCUCA